GAUAACGGACUGAUAUGCUGAUAACGACUUCAGUAUAUGACAUGAAUUAACUAGUUUUACAGGAAAAAUGAUAAUCCGAUUCACUCUUAGACACGCCUUUUAGUUAAGUUUAAUAUCGUGUAGUUAAAUACCGAAUGUUUUAAUUUCGUACGCCGUGGUUGCAUCAUUGCGGGAACGUACGCAGUCAGAGUGACAUACACAAACAACCUCUGAGGUGGAACGACCGGGCUCUUUGUUUUGAAUCGAGUUUUAUACAAGAUCACGGAGAUAAUGUGAAGCCGUAACACCACGAUGGCUCUCUCGACGAAUUGUUGGAAAUAUCUUGUGUUAACUUUCAACGUCCUGUUCGCUAUGUCAGCAGUGGUAUUAUUUGGCGUGAGCGGGUUUCUUCUGUACAAGCUUUUUGUUUACCGCCACUUCAUUGGCGUCAAUGCGGAGUACCCAGCGAUACUGCUGCUCAUGAUGGCUAUAAUCACGUGCUCAGUAGCAUGGAUAGGAUGGCGAACGGCGAAAUCGAUGCAUCACUUUCACAUAGUUUUGACUGGUGUACUUAUUUUCGUGGUGGUUGUGAUUCAGUUCUCAUGUUUCGUGUGGGCUAUGGUGGUGUGGGACAGCGUGGACAUAGACAUAAAAAACUCCAUGAGUAGCUACUUCGAUCUAGCCAACGAAUUGAACAAUCCUAACUCACCAGAUUCGAUACGGUGGGACAGGUUGCAUGUUCAGUUCGAGUGUUGCGGAGUCAGCGGACCUGGGGAUUACGGCCAGAAGGGUUCUGUGCCAUUCUCGUGCUGCGGCCAGGGUCCCUUGGACGCGAAAUUUAAGCCUUAUACAGCAGAUUGCUCAACUCUUUACCAGAGGGGCUGCGCGAAACCCCUGCACCACUAUACUCGACAACAGUUGUUAUUAGUAGCGAUGGCGGCCCUCAUAGCAUCUAUACUACAGAGCUCCGGUAUAUUCUGCACGUUUUUUCUGGCUCACGCAAUCACUAAAAGACGGCGGGCUUCCAUCAGGAACUCUAGCAGCAUCAGGGAAGCCACCUUCUCAGCUCCUGACGACUCCCUUUUAUCUCCUACAGCGCCGGCACCGACACUGCCUAAAUAUUGACUUCACCAUAGCAAUAGUAAUUCUAAGCUCCACUUCUACUAUAUAAGAUCAGAUUUUCACAUCAUCUGAUAGUGUUUAAGCCAAUUAGAGUUUGACGAAAAACUCAAAAUCUAUUUUAAGUCGAAAAUGGUAAAAAAACAUCAUGAAAAGUGUGAUAUCAAAAGUCAAUAAUAAAUUGACAAAUUGUGAGUUCAGCACGCGUAGCAUGACGAACUCGAGAACGUUUUGUCUAC